AUGUCCUCAAACUCCAACCCUCCGAAAGCGCUUCCCUCCAUUCACCGCUUCAUCACAACACAUGACUCGAGCGGCAAAUCCUGUUACUCCAAAGACCUCGAUGAGCCACUGAAUUUCUGGCAGGUCAGCGCAGGCGAGGGAAACUCUGCCGACUUCGAGCUCGGCUACGUCACCGAGGGAUUACCCAUACCGCUUGCAAACAACAAAGAUCUUUCCACGUUUAAAGAGGCAUAUGCCAACAAACAGAAGUCGGGGUUGGUGAAGCAUGGCGGUAGCAUCUUGCGGUAUUGUGAUAUUCCUCCAGGCUCAAAGUCUCAGAUGCACCGUACCGUUAGUCUUGACUACGGCAUCCUUAUCAAUGGUGAGCUGGAAUGUCUGCUGGAUUCAGGGGAGACACGGACCAUCCACCCGGGGGAUGUUGUGAUCCAGAGGGGUACAAAUCACCAAUGGUUCAACAGAACUGAGCAGUGGGCUAGGAUUGUGUUCAUCCUGUUCCAUGCGAUGCCGGUAGAGAUCAAUGGCCGUGCAUUAGGUGAAGACCAAGGAGGAAUGGAGCUGCCAGACUCGCAUUAG